ACAUACGCACUAGUAUCCGACUCUCCGAAGGAACCAGGCGAGGAGAAGAAGAGGGAAGAAGAAGAAGAAGAAGAAGAAGAAGAGGAAGAACCACAGAAGCGGGGGCAUCUACCCUUUUUGUGAAGAUGCGCAGCGCGUCGGAUCAGUCGGCUGCGCGAGGGAAGUGAGGGACUUCUCUACAAUACUUUUCCUGAAGGAGAGAAAGCAGGAGGGAGGACGCGCUUCUUCUUCUCUCUCUCUCUCUCUCUCUCUCUCUCUCUCUCCCUCCCUCCCUCCCUCCCUCCCUCCGCCGUACGAGACGUCAACAGAAUCAGCCUCGGUCCACAAGGCGGGCGCCUCUUGAGCCGGAGCCCAAGCCCCCGGCUCGUGGUUCCAUGUCCCCGGGCCCCUGCGCAGGGCAGCGAGGGAUGCCAGGAUGCCCCCUCUGAUCCCCCAUCUGCUGCUCAUCUGGCUGAGCGUCCAGCGGCUGGCGUGGUGCACGGAGCGCGCCUCCACGCGGGAGCGCGCCUCCACGCGGGAGCGCUUCAAGGUGGUGAUCGCGCCCCUCAUCUGCAAGCGGAUCUGCCUGAAGGGCCACUGCCGGGAUACGUGCGAGCAGGGCAACAACACCACGCUGAUCGCCGAGAACGGCCAGGCGGCCGACACGCUCAUCGGACAGGGCUUCAGGGUCGUUGUGUGUCCCCUGACAUGUAUGAACGGAGGAGUAUGCAGCUCGAGGAAACACUGCCUCUGCCCGCCUGGCUUCACUGGUCGGCUCUGCCAGUUUCCACUCCAGCAGACGCAGCAGGCUCAGGCAGCGCGGGGCAACAAGCAGCCCGUCUACCCUGUUUCCCUGAAGCCAGAUGGCCACAAACUAGUGGAGCAAUCAGGCAUAGGGCGUACCCAGUUGACACAAACACACAGAGUGUUCACCCUGCCUCUGUCACAAGUAGGGCACCACUCAUCUGAAGUGCAGAUUAAUUUACGCGUUCACCACACGCCGGACACCUCUGUAGUCAUUCAGCCUCUCGACGAAUCGGAUCUCAAGCCUCCUCACAAGACAGGGCCACGCCUGUUCCCCACGAGGCACAAACCGAAGGGGCGCUGCUUCCAGGAGACCACACCCAAACAGGCCUGCAACAGCACCCCACUUCCUGUUUUGACCAACCAGGAAGAUUGCUGCGGCAGUGUGGGGAAUUCAUGGGGACAAAACAAGUGUUAUCAGUGCCCCAAACUACCAAAUGCAUCAGUCAAACAAACCAUUGUGGAAGACUAUGGCUCCACCUGUCCACAAGGCUAUAAAAGGUUCAACAGCACUCACUGUCAAGAUAUCAAUGAGUGCUCUAUGCAGGGUGUGUGUCAGAACGGAGACUGUCUGAACACACUGGGCAGCUUCAAAUGCUCCUGCAAAGCCGGUUUGGUGCUGGACAGGCAUCGGUGUGUUGAGUCUCCAGCUGAGCAGGCCCAGUGCUUCCUGAUCGCGUCCGAGGCCAGGGGCUGCGAGCACGCGCUGCCGACCCACCUCACCCAGGAGAUGUGCUGCUGCACGGUGGGCAAAGCCUGGGGCCAUAACUGUGAAAGAUGUCCUCAGGUGGGCACAGUGGCCUUCAGUAAGAUCUGCCCUGCUGGGAAAGGCUACUUUCUCCAGAACAUUAGAGAGACCGUGGCCUUCCCUCCCAUCAUCUUCCCCCGCAAGCCGGACAAGGAGGAGCCGAUGCGACCGGAGAGGCCGCCAGAGACGACGACCAGCGUGCAGGCUCCUACCAGCACCAGCGGUCCUCGUGUGCCUGUUGUUAAACCCACCCCUCCGACUAUCAUCCGAAUGACCCCAGACAAUGACCCCUUCGAAACACAGACUAAAGUCUUGCCAGAGACAGAUGAAUGUAGGCUGAGCAGUAACAUUUGUGGUCAUGGAGAGUGUGAGAACAGCCUGAACGGCCACAUCUGUCACUGUCACCCCGGCUACCAUCUCAACCCGCAGAGGAACAUCUGUGAGGACGACAAUGAAUGCGAGUCAGAGCCGUGCGGCCACGGGAGGGGCCUCUGCGUCAACAUAGAGGGAAGCUACAAAUGCCUCUGUCGUCAGGGCUAUAAACACAUGGUGCAGCACGGGAGACUUAAGUGCAUAGAUGUGAACGAGUGCUCCAAGCAAGACAUCUGUGGAGUCGGAGGCCAGUGUGUGAACCUGCCCGGCUCCUAUAAAUGCGAAUGUCACAGCGGUUUUAGGAGCAAGUCGCACCGUCAUCCAGCCUGUGAAGACAUAAACGAGUGUUUGAAUCCCGACACGUGUCCCACUGAGCAGUGUGAGAACACCCCAGGCUCCUAUGAGUGUGUUUCUUGCUUGCCUGGCCAUGAGGCUCGUGCCGGAACCUGCUAUGACAUUAAUGAGUGUCAGAAACCUGGCAUCUGUCCUAACGGUCGCUGUGAGAACCUCCCUGGUACGUACCGUUGCCUGUGCAACGAGGGCUUCCUUCCAUCUGCAGACAGCAAAGUGUGCAGUGACAUUGACGAGUGUGAGGAUGUCAGGCUGUGUGCUUAUGGCCUCUGCAUCAAUACAGAGGGCUCCUUCCAGUGUCAAUGUUACCCGGGAUACCAGCGCACGCAGGAAGGCAGCCACUGUGAAGAUAUCAACGAGUGUGAGAGGCCAUCAAACUGCCAGAGGGGCCACUGUAUCAACAGCAUGGGCUCAUAUCACUGUGAGUGCCAGAAAGGCUACACGCUGGUCGGAGGCAGGCGAUGCCAAGACAUAGACGAAUGUGCUGCAGACAGAAGUCUCUGCCAGCCAUACGGCUCCUGUGAGAACAGACCGGGGUCGUAUUUGUGUGUCUGCAAUCACGGUUACAUCCUCUCGGAGGACAAACACAGCUGUGAGGCGGUUCGAGUGGUGACCGACGAGAAGAAGGAGUGUUACCUGAACCUCGAUGACACUGUGUUCUGCGACAGCGUCCUGGCCACCAACGUCACCAAGCAGGAGUGCUGCUGCUCCAUUGGGGUGGGAUGGGGCGACCACUGUGAGAUCUAUCCCUGCCCCGUCUCCCAUUCAUCCGAGUUCCACUUCCUGUGUCCAAACGGGCAAGGACUCUACUUUGACGAAGGACUCCAGUACAGCCUGCCUGCCUUCCAUGAUAUCGACGAGUGUUCUCUGUUUGCUGAUGAAAUCUGUAAGAAGGGCCGCUGUGAGAACACACUGCCGGGCUACGAGUGCUACUGUCAACAGGGCUUCUACUAUGACGGCAACCUCCUUGAGUGUAUUGAUGUGAACGAAUGCCACGACGAAUCUCUGUGUACUAACGGUCAGUGCGUCAACACCGAAGGAUCCUUCUACUGCAACUGCAAGCGGCCCUGGACUCCAGACUCCUACAAGAAGAAGUGUGUGAUGGCGAUAGUGGCAGAUGUGAAUGAGUGUGAGGACCCAGCCAACUGUAAGAACGGCCAUUGUGUGGACACGCCAGGGUCAUACUACUGCAUCUGCUCUCCACCCUGGACCCUGGCCACCGACCGCAACAGCUGUAUUACUCCCGAGGAACAAGCUGAUGUGAAUGAGUGCCAGGACCCCUCGUACUGUAAGAAUGGGAGGUGUGAGAACACGCCCGGCUCCUUUCACUGUUUUUGCGACCCUCCCCUCACCUUCAGUGCAGCGCUGAAACAGUGCGUCUAUGACGAUCGCACUGCAGCCCACAAGGACGUGUGUUUCCUGCAGGUCGACGAAGGCCUGAUCUGCAGCGAGCCGAGAAACGGCCUGGUAGUGACCUACUCAGAGUGCUGCUGCCACUACGGCCGUGGAUGGGGGCCCGAGUGUAACACGUGUCCACCCAGGAACUCGGAGAUGUUUAGUCGUCUGUGCGAGAUGCAUCUGGAGACUGAGUCUGAUGGGGAGCAGGAUUUCCUGGCAGCCUUCGCCAACUACAACCCAGGUGACAGCUCAGAGGAGGAUUCAGAUGAAUGUAGCUGUGCAAAUGGCCGCUGUGUCCGCUCCUACCUGGGUACCAUGUGUGAAUGUAACACAGGCUUUAGGCUGGACCACUCCCGCACCCGCUGUAUAGACAUUGAUGAGUGUGCAGAACCGGCAGCUCGUGUCAGUCCUUGCAAGAACGCCCGUUGUGUGAACACUGCCGGCUCAUACAAGUGCUUCUGCAAACACGGCUUUGUGGCCACACGCAGGCCAAACAUAUGCAUCCGUCGCAGAACUCGGUAACCUCAGCGUGUCACUCUGUUUUUCCUGUCCAAAGUAUGCGACACACACAGUUACCCCACACACCCUGUACACACACUUCCAUCUCUCAGUACAAACAUGGGACUGAGUGUACGCAGUGAACCUGAAAAAACAUGCUCUCACCCGGAGCCUAAUCAUAGGAAUGGCUCAUGUGAUAGAACACAACAUAUCAUUGUCGGAUACUUUUUCACCCCCCAUUUCACAUUUAAAGAAAUAAUCAGUGCAGACAAAUAAUUGUUUGUUUGUUAUUUUGUAAUUAUUGUUUUUUUUAACUGUAUUUGUUAAGUAUGAAUUGUGCAUUUUUGUGAUUUUGAUCUCCUUAUUGCAUUGAUCUUUCAACCCUUUCUUCUGAUGUUAAGCCCUCUUGUUUUAUUAAGGAAAUAUUUUUAAUAUCAGGUUUUCUACUGCAGCCCAUUUAAUAUUUGUGUACUAUAGAAAUGCCGCAAGAACUUUUAAAUAUUAUGGUAUUACCCUUUACAUUCCCACAAGUCCACUAAAUAUUUAAACCUAAACUGAUGUCCUCCGAUUUGUAUUUUUUAACCACACACUGUUGAUUUUGUGUUACUGUACAGUUUGUCUGGUGGAUAAGCAGUUUCUGUAAGAAUGGUCACUGCCCUACUCCUGUUUAUUUGUUGAUGUUGUCAUUAAUAUGAGAAAACUGAAGUUUUUGUAUAAUUUGACCUGCUAUUUUAAGAUGGAAAAAAGGUCAUGCACUUAGCAAUAAAUACAGUGGGAUAUAUUUGCUUAUUCCAGAAAUCCAAGAAAGUUUGACACCUAAUUGACAUAAUCGCUGCCUCAAAGUAUUUAGAAAACCAAAGACGCUGUUUAGAUGAGGAGAAUUUAAUAAAACAAAAAUGUCAACCAGU